CCAGCUCCUAUAUGUCCGUACCUAGUUUUCAUUAUCUGGAGCCCCUCAACCAGCUCCCCGGGUCGGAGAUCAACACCCUGCUCGGCCGAUUCGUUCUCGACCGAUGGAAUCCAGGUGUUCAGGGCUUCGAACCGGAGGACCCAUCCAGAGUCAUCACCGAAGAAUACAUUAGCGAAGAUAUUCAUUUUGAAAAUGCAGAAAUGCGCAUCGCCUCAAUUUCCCACAAAUCGGCCCAAGCCAGCUUGAGUCGAGCGGUAAUGCUUGGCAAUUCUCAUAAUGGUGAGGGUGAUGUGGUGCUGCGUAGCGCGAAGGUGAUAAAGAGAGCAAUCAAGGAUGCUCGAGUAGCUUUUACGGCUCUUUUGAAUGACCUCGAGGUUUCAGAAGGUGUCAAGAAGAUGAUGCGCAGCUCCCGGAAGCACACCGUGUGGAUGAUUACGGGGAUUCUUUGUGCGACUGAUGCGCACAUUGGCACUAUUACCUCGACAUCGAACCUGUCAGGUAUGAAGACAACAAUACCAAUCCCGAGCUUGGAAUCUACCGGGCUUUCUCUGACAACACUCGGCACCGGUGGAGGGACUCUAUCAUCUUCCCGUCGUGUCGUAUCUCAUCUCAAUCUGGAGGCCGAUAUCUCGGGCAGCCGCAUAUUUGCUGUGCAGUACUGGCGGUGCGAGCUUCGACCCAUGGACCGCUUGUUUGACCGGUGGAGGAAUCAGAUGGUUCUGCAAGGCAAAGGGGUUCAGAGAGUCAGUACAGGUCACAGAGGCCUUGGAAACUAUGGAGAUGACGAUGGAUCGAGUGACGAUGACGAUCCGGAUGCACAUACACUAGUAAUCUCCGGUGAGGAGAUUCUUGAUCCGAGGAAUGACCCUGAAAGUAAUAAAGAACGGCCUGUUGUGACAAAGACAGCCUGACGGCGAUGAGCAGACAUAGCAGAUCCGUUCAGGAAUCCUCUCAUGUCUUUGUCGAUUGAGAGGAUGAAACAAUAUCCAUACAGUUUUCUGUGACUGUAAGUUCAGAGUAUAUGAUGUAUCCGGAAAAGAUAUAUCAGCGACCUACCAUACUGUGUUUAGAUGGGCAGGAUUAUGUGACUGUUUGACAUUUUACUACCUUUUUGACAUCACGGGGCUCAUCUGAGGAUUGUGGGUAUAUUUCAUCAACAUCAGUUUUACCAGCGGAUAAGCUUGCGUUUUGUUCAGAAGAUUCACUCUUAAAUCUAUUUUUAGC